UGGGCUGCUGGUUUCCUAUAACUUCAUUGAAGUGUAAAGAGCAUUGAAGGAGAGGCUGCAAAGACAUAUGUACGACCUCGCCGUUCAAUUAAAGACACUAUUUACCUAAAGUAGCACAUCUCCUAUUUAACAUCUAUUUAUUCAUAUAACCAGUGACACAUUUGAUGCACAUUUACUUUGCUAGAUAGAAUCAGCUGUGGCCAUAAAUUCUGUUCAUAAAGGGCAUUCAAGAUGUUAACACUGUCAUACAGCUAUUGCCAACUGCUGCAUGGUGUAAACAUGCUCACAGGUAUUGGCAUUGGCAAUGGCACGGUGGAAUGGAUACGCAGAGGGCGCAAUCACCAGCGGGACAAGUUGAUUUGGGGCUCACCAUCAACAGUAUGACAGGAAAGUGUCUUAAGUUCAUAUCACAGGAUUCAUGUUUUACAUUUCAGUAGGGAGUUUUGUAUCUACAAGGAGAUGACGUCCUGCAAUUUAUAUGUGCGGUGAAACAUCGAAAUCCUAAAUCAUUAAUUCGCACUUAAUUAUAAAGAUUUGUCAUUAUGUGUAGUCAGGUCUUUAAUAAUUUCCUUUGAUAAAGUAAUGAUCAAACAUAUGUGUCGAUGUUCUAGAUGCCAAGUAAAAAGAAAAGAAAAAUAGUAUGUCAUUUGCACACAUGAUUUGUUAUAGAAUUGUUUAUGGAUAAAUGCUCAAUUGAAAAAUAUACAACCUUUCAAGUAUAGAACGUCUGAUGUAGUACUUUCUAUAUAUCAUUGUAAACCACAGAUAUUUGGUUAGUAAUCUUAAAAUUAAUCACAAGAUCACAGAGAAAGGAACUAGGAUAGUAAGAAAGACAGAGGAGAGGAGAGAGCAGGGGGGGAAGAGGACGAAGGGGGGUCUUGUUGUUUUGCAUUGCAUUAACACCAAAUUAAGAGAAGCAUUGACCUCUCCCUACUGAACCCCCCUAUAUAAGGACCCUUUUGGGGCCCUUGAAAGCCAUCAACCAAACUUGAGAAGACCUCAUCAUUUCUUUCUCCUCCUCUCCUCUCCUCUCUUCUCCACAGCCUUCAGCGGGGAAAGGGAAGGAAGCGCCAUGAGCCGGAGCAACGGCAACGGCGGCGGGAGCACGAGGGGCGCGAGGCUGGAGCUGCAGCUGAACCUGUCGCCGCCGGUGGGGAUGGAGGUCGACGGCAACGACGACAGCGACUCGUCGUCGCCGACCUCCUGCGUGUCGUCGGACGGCCGCAGCUCCGCCGGCGGCAGCCCGGGGGACAAGUCGCCGAUGGUGAUCGGCGCCUGCACCCGGUGCCUCAUGUACUGCAUGGUGGCCAAGAAGGACUACCCGACCUGCAUCAACUGCAAGCAACCCUCCCUCGUCGACCUCCUCCAGAACCAGGACGACGCCGGCGCCGCCGCCGACGCCGACAAGAAGCGCGGCAAGCGCAAGUGACGACGACGACGACGACGACGCCAUUGCCGCCGGCCGGACAUGUCCGUCCAGUGGAUGCUCACACGGAUGGUCAGCUCAGCCUCCAUCUCCAUGCAUGAGUGGCCGGGUGACAGCCGUUGGAUCAUCCACUGGACGGUGCCGGAUUUCUUCAUUGCUAGUAGUAGCCUUUCAAGCGUCUCUCAUCAAAAACUGGAAGAAGAAGAAAAAAAGUUGUUUAGUGUCUUCCUAUGUUGGGUUUAUUAUUUAUGGGUUGGUGUCCUUAGUAAGGGGGGAUUAAUUAUGUGGUGGUGGUGGCUUAAUGGUUCUUGUAGCAACAGUAAGUUGUAAUGUAAUCCCCCUUUUCCAUUGAAGAAAUGCAAUUAUGCAAUGGAUAAACUUAGUUAAGAAGGUGAUCGUUGUCCUUAAUCAAACAGUGUUUCCCCCUGUACUGCAAGUCAGCAAUGAUUCAGUCAAGAG